AUGUCUUUAGCUUCUGCUUUCCAGGAAGAUGAAGACCUGGACAUGAUCCUAGUCCAGCUGAUCAUGAGCAUCUACUGGUUUGAUUUCUUUGAAGUUCUGGAGAUAAAGUCCUCUCUCCCAGUGGUGCCAUUCCCCAGAUCAGGGAAGCCACAGGUCUUUCGGAACCUCCAUUAUCACAAGGAUCAUAAGUGGAUGCUGGGAAAGGUGGAAAAUGGUGUUUUGGAGAGUAGUGUACUGGCUCCCGGCGGGCUCGGGGGAGGGAGGGGUCGGGCGAGGCGGGGCGGGGCGAGGCGAGCGGCGAAGCCCUUUAAAAGCCGAGCCGCGGCCGCUGGCGAGCUCGGUGAGGAGUUCCGCGCUCCGGCCGGUUCCCACUUGGCUGCGGUCCGGUCCACCUCUCUCUGCGGCGCCUCCCAAGAGCAGCCAGACGCCGAGGCCACCCCACGUCUUGGGGCCAGGGACCCCCCGAACAGCUUCCCCCCCCCGCCCCCGUCCUCCCCCGCCCCAAGACUCCACAGUCUCCAGCCUCCGCCGCCGCCUGCCCGGGAGCCCGGAAUUCCGGGGACUCCCGAACCUACCUCCAAGGGGCUCCGCGCCCCGUUUAGCUUGAGCCCUUCCCCGAAUCUCCCGGAGCGCAGGGACCUAGAGCGUCCUGGCGCCCGGAGCAUCCGCCUAGGUAGACCCGAGACGCCCCGCGCCUCCGCAUCGCUAAGCCGGGACCUAGGAGUCUCCGCAACCGCCUGGCCGGAGCCCGGGACCCAGGAGUCCGGGCCCCCCGACGCCUCUGCCGUUCCCCUCCCUCUCAUCUCCCGCCCCCUUCCCCCCUUUCCACCGUCCGAGAUCCAGGAAAUCCGGGACCCGCCGCCGCCCCCUCGAGCCUCCAUGGAGCCCGAAACCAACGGCACGUGGUGCUGGGCCUGGGGGAACGCGAGCUGGGAGCAGGGCAAGGCCGGGGAGGACUGCUGGGUCCCAAUGGGGCAGUGGGAGGGCCCCGAGGUCGUGCUGGUGCCCGCCCUCUUCAGUCUCUUUUUCCUGCUGGGCCUGGCGGGCAACGCGCUGGUCCUGCUGGUGCUGUGGCGGGCCAAGGUCCCAGGGCCCCGGAGCCCCACCAACAUUUUCAUCCUCAAUCUGAGCGUGGCGGACUGCUCCUUCCUGCUCUUUUGCGUCCCCUUCCAGGCCACGGUGUACUCGCUGCCAGAGUGGGUGUUCGGUGCCUUCCUGUGCAAGUGGGUCCACUACUGCGUCAUGGUCAGCAUGCUGGUCAGCGUCUUCACGCUGGUGGCCAUGUCCGUGGACCGUUACGUGGCCAUAGUGCACGCUCGUCGCUCGCUCUGCAUCCGCAGCCGUCGCAACGCCGUCCUGGGCGUGGCCACCACUUGGCUGCUGGCCGUGGCCGUGGCCAUGCCCACCGCUCAGCAUCAGGUCCUGGUUAGCGGGCAACACCAGGCGCCCAACAGGUCUUUUUGCUGGGAGCACUGGGGAGCUGGGCGCUCAUCUGCCAAGCAUGCCUACAAGAUCGUUAUCCUGCUGCUGGGCUACCUGCUGCCCCUCAUGCUUAUCACCUACUGCUAUGCCAAGGUGCUGUGCCAUCUCCAUAAGAAAGUCAAGAAUGUUUCCAAGAAAUCAGAGAGAUCCAAGAAAAAGACGGCACAGACCAUAUUGCUGGUGGUGGCUGUGUUCCUGGUGUCCUGGAUGCCCCAUCACAUCAUCAUCAUGUGGGCCGAGUUUGGUAACUUCCCCCUCACCAAUACCUCCUUCACCUUCCGUAUCAUCUCGCACUGCCUAGCCUACAGCAACUCUUGCAUCAACCCCAUCCUCUACGCCUUCCUCUCCGAAAACUUCCGCAGGUCCUGCCGCCAAGUCUGCCCCGGCCGCUGCUUCCUGAAACCUGCGCACAAAGACAAGCGGGUCCGUAUCCGUAUGGACAACAUUUCCAUCACCCACUCCACCACCAAUAUGUAACGGAAAGAGGGGCAGGAGAGGAGGGAUGGAGGGAUAAGACGAAGGAUGGAAGGAGGAAUAGAGGGCG